UGACAUCUAUCUAAUCGAUUACGCAGCUCGCACGGCAGCCAUACUUGUUUUGAUAGGUCUGUUUUGAAAACAAAGAAGUAAAAGUCCAAACUUGAAGAUGGGCAAGAUAUUCCUGGAUCAUAUUGGAGGCACUCGCCUGUUCUCGUGUGCAGCGUGUGAUGUAAACCUUACUAAUCGUUCAGAGCUAAUCAGUACAAGAUUCACUGGAGCUACAGGCCGCGCUUUUCUCUUCCAUAAAGUUGUGAACUUGGUAUACUCGGGAGUACAGGACCGGGUGAUGCUGACUGGUCGGCACAUGGUGCGAGACGUCUCCUGCAAGAAUUGUUCCACCAAGCUCGGCUGGGUGUACGAGUUUGCUACUGAGGAAAACCAAAGGUACAAGGAAGGUCGCGUUAUCCUGGAGCGAGCGCUGGUCACGGAAAGCGACGGCAUAGAGGAAAUACAAGUCAACGACGAUUAGAUUUAUACAUUUAUAUGCCACAUAGUACAUACCCAUGUACACUUGUUGGACAAGCAUUUGAGUGCCAAUCCAAAUCUCUACACCAGCCAUUGUUUGCAAGGCCAUCAGGUAUUGGUCAUCUGAUGCCAAUUUUGCUGAAAAAAAAUACCUAAUAUAAACACUCCAUGUAGAAUCGCUUGUCCAACAUUAUGCUUGGGGACGUAGCAUUAAGUUUUAAGGCCUGUGCACACCGGCUUGCGUGUG